AUGAAGGUCACUGUUAAAAGUUGGACUGGUGUGGCUACGUGGCGUUGGAUAGCAAAUGAUGAUAACUGCGGCAUCUGUCGUAUGCCCUUCGAUAGCUGUUGCCCCGACUGUAAACUGCCUGGAGACGACUGUCCUCUAGUUUGGGGCGCCUGCUCCCAUUGUUUUCAUAUUCACUGUAUAGUUAAGUGGCUACACUCACAACCACAGCAGCAGUGUCCUAUGUGCCGACAAGACUGGAAAUUCAACAAUAAA